AUGGCUGUCACACCUGUUAAAAGAAAAUCUAUUGAAAAGAUAAAUUUAGAAAGAAAUCUAAAAAAAAUGAAAAAGGAAAAGAACAACUUUAAAGCUGAUGAAGAAAGUUUCAUGGUUUCUACUUCAAUAUCAUUAAAAUAUUCAUCAAUUAGUAAGAUUUAUUUAUUAGAAUUGCCCAAAAUAUCAUACCAAAUCUGGUCAUGUAAAAUCAUUAGUGAGAAAGAUAUAUGGUCAGCAACAGAUACAAAUAUCUUUGAUACAUUAACUACACUAGAGCAACCUAUUUAUUUUUUGGAUGGUCAUGCUUUAAAAAAUAUUGUUGGAGAACCAGAUUUUGUCAUAGCUGAUAAUAAUAUUAAAUUACUCAUACCUUGUGAAUCCGAAACUAAAUGGGUUCUAACUUAA